CACGAAGUCUCAGUUUCCUCCACUCUUCUGCUGAAGAACCUGUAGAGAGGAGCCCCGGAGAGGAGACUGCUAUGGGAUAUGAUGAGGCCACACAUGUCACCUCACUAGCCCUGCAAAAGGUUGCCAAGUAUAACUCAACAUCACAUGGAGAAGGUCGACAGUGGUACAGCUUCAUACACUGGAUAUUCCGGUAGUAGCGCUACCUUGAUGUUCCAAGGUUCAGUUGAAGCAGGCAUGGCUGCCGAGGGCCUUGUCUCCCACUGUUGACGGUCACAGUGCUGAGGCAUUUUUCUAGCUAAUCGUGGUGCUUGUUAUUGGGAGUGGGCUAGUAGAAGAUACUGGUCAUGCAAGUUCUGGUCGUGUUAGUGCUUCUCGAAGGUGCUGUCGAUGGGUACGACAUAGCCCGAAGUGAGGUUGGAUAAUGAUGACAGUCAGAGGAAGGAGAAGGAGAGCAUCGAGGGUUUGCGUCGAGAUUCGCUUUCCCGGGUCGGUGGUUGUGAGCGUCAAAAUUCAAGACGCUCGUCUUCGUUUCAAAGCUGACCGACCAAAUUGUUUCAACCUCUCUCUCGCAUACACCUCAGAAUCAUCUCCUCAUCUCGCUAUUGCCAUCAUGGACUCUAAGCAUCCAGAUCCUUCUCACCAACAACGAGUCGCUGCCUUCUUCGCGCGUGGCGAUCCUUUCAAAUUCCGAGAACCAAUCCAUACUCGAUCAUCUCAUCAACCUCAGCGCAUUCCCCUUAGAAUUCGCAGGAACCAGCAGCUUCCAAAUCUCAAAGUCACAGAAGAACUUGACAUCAAGACCCAACCUGUCCACGAGACAGUUCGCGACUUCAUCUGGCGCAUCUUCUUCUCCCGACCAACUCCAGUCUCCGCUGAACAAGAGCAAGAAUACUUCCAACUCAUCACCAUCAAACACCUCUACAACAUCGUCGUUGACAACAUGUCCGACCGACUCAUCACCCAAGCCAACUCAAGGCUCACCAAGACCAAUGUCGUUAAAUUACUGACCAAAGAGGAGGCCUGGUCCUCACUGGACCUCGAGACCAGACAAGAGCUUUACAGCAUGCUCCCCAGGUCCCUCAACGGCAAUGAGGUUGCCCACGAUCCCGAGGUCCACCCCCUCAAGACGGGCUUCGCCAAAUACAUCAAGCACUUCAUCUAUGAGUGGGAGCAGGACCUCGCCGCCGGCCGCAACACGGCCAAGUGGCAGAGAGAGGCCAAGCAGGCCACCGGAAACCGUGCCGCUGGGGUCUACGACGACCCGAAGGAAAAGGAGCGCGAGGAGUACUGGGGUCAGAAGUACGACCCAGAGCACUUCAAGGGCCACAGACCUGUCGCCGCUACCUCCAAUGACCCCGUCACCCCUGACGAGACCGCCGAGGAGGGCGACACUCCCACCGCCAUGGAGCAGUAAGGGGUGAUAGUUCAUGCAUUGCUACGAUGAUACGAUUAACGACGAGAUGGCUGGAGAUGGCUUUGUAAAACAGAAAUCCACGAGAAGAAUUUCUCCCCCA